GUACUACAAGUAAGUACUAUAAGUAAGUACUAUAAGUAAGUACUAUAAGUAAGUACUAUAAGUAAGUACUAUAAGACAAUUGGUAUAUGUUAGUAUAAUUAUUGUGUGUUUAAAGUAGUACGCUAACAAAUACAUUAUUGUCCACGUGACUUGCUCAACAAUAAUUAACAACAAGACUCCACUAAUCAACUCCGUAUCUCUUCCUACCUCUACAACUACUAAAAAUGGCAUCUUCAAUUCCUUAUUUACCAGACGACUUUGAAGAUAAUAAUCCCUCGGCCGAACCCAUUGAUCAAGAGAUCACUCAGAAUCCCUUUGUUGAACCAUCUAUCUUAUCUCAACCUCUCCCCUAUGAUGAACAUGAAGAUACUCCCGAAAUAGAAACUAGUGAACCAAAUGAAAAUGUUCAAUUACCCCAAUCAGAAACUGAUGAAAAUCAAAUUGGGAAAUUAUCUGAAGCAGAAUUACGAAAACUCGUACCAGAAAGAUUUACUACAAAGUAUCAAUUAUCUAUUAAAUUAUUAGGGAUUGAAAAGAAUAAAGUAGGUAAUCCAAUAUUAAGAUUUGAUGCAUUUAUAAAGGGAUUACCUCGUUAUAGACAAAAUAAAUAUAAAGAUAUUCGAAGAACAUAUAAUGAAGUUGUUAAAUUUAAUAAAUAUUUAACUGUAUCAAAUUUAGAAGUAUUUAUACCGGUAUUCCCUAAUGCUACAACAUCAUAUCCAUUUGGUAGUGAAGAUGAAUUUAAACAAUUAAUGUAUGUAUGGCAAGAAUGGUUUAAUAGAAUUACUUGUAAUCCAAUUUUAAUUCGAGAUGAAGAAUUUAUUUAUUUUAUUGAAAAUGAUUUUGGAUAUUCAGUAAUUAAUACUCAAAGGAAAACUAAUGUUGCAAGUGGAUUAGUUCGUAAAACUUUAAAACAAUUAGCUGUACCUUAUGAUCCAUAUCAAGAAUUAGCAGAUUUUCGUCCAUUAAUUAAAGCUGCUUAUUUAAUAUGUCAAAAAUUAUAUAAACUGUUAGAUAAGAGUUCAAAAUUACAAAAACAAAUUUCAAUUCAAGUAUUUGAUUUAUCAAAUAAAUUAGGAGUAUUAUCACAAUUUGAAAAUUCUCAUCCUGGUAUGAAGAAUAUGUGGGAAAAACUUUCAAAAAUUGUUCAAAUUAAUUCUGAUUUAGAUCUUAUUGAAUCUAUUAAUGAAAUGGGAUCAUUAGGUGAUGGAAUUCAAGGAUUAGUUGAUGAUUUUUAUGAAAUUAAAGAAGCACUUACUAAUAGACAUUUAAUAAUGAGAGAAUUAAUUCAAGCCGAAAGUCAAACUCAAGCCAAACAUUUACAAGCAACCAAGAUUAAAAAUAGAAGUGCCCUUGAUCCUAUUAAAGUUGAUGAAGCAAUUCGACAAUUAGAAUAUGCAACAAAAGCUGAAGAAUCAUUAAAUUUACAAGUUAAAAGAAUAUCGGGAGAAAUGUUAUUUGAAAAGGAUGAAAUUAUUAAUUUUACUGAGGCUAAAUUUCAAAAAUUAUUAAAGAAUUAUACUUUAAAUAAAGUUGAAUAUCAUCGAAAGAUUUUAAAACAUCUUGAAAAUAUUCGACUCGAUGUAAGAAUUGUUGAUACUAAGGGAGGAUUAUCUCGAUUAAAUAGAGAUAAUCUUACGAGUCUUAAACAUAAUUUACCUCUGUCGCAAUCAGCUAAUGGAGAUUCAUGGUCAUCGAGGACAUUUCGAUCGUUAAAGAAGGAAGAAGAAGAGCGCGAACAUAAAUUACAACAAGAACAAUAUGAUGAUGAAGAGGAUGAAGAAGGGGAUGAUAACAAUCAUCACGAUAACACUAACAUCGAUGAUCAUACUACUUCCCAUAGUAAGGGAGUGGUGGAUGCACGUAAUGCUGCCCAUUUACUUGGAGUAGCCACCUUUUAAAUAGAAUUUAUAGUUUUAUAACCACAAAUACAAAAAAACUAUAUAUCCAC